AUGGAUAACUUUAAUUUUGAAGAAAAUUGCUACGCUUCUGGCGAUGUUCCUCAAAUCGAAGCCUUGAGCAUUUUUAAAUCGUGGGAGCUAAGCGAGGAAAUUUUACCGAUUCUCAUGGACUAUGGCCUCAAAUCCACGCUUAUUUUAAAAAAAUUUGAGUUUAAAGAUAUCGACGAUUUGUUCGAUAAACUUCCUCCAAGAUUUUUUGGUGAAAAGGUCAAAUUUAAAGCAGGUUUAAAAGAAUGGCGAAAGAACAUGAAUGUGCCAUUUGAGUGUGAUGAAAGCAGUAAAAUUUUGGAAUUGUUAGAGAAAAUUUCGAACGACUUGAAUGCUGUUAAAAAUUCGAGAGAGUCUUCGCCUUUACCUCAGUCGUCAUGUGGUUGCAUAGACAGUGGGAGCUUAAUUGAACUUUUAAAAAGUACCGUAAAAGGCCAGCUUAUACUCCAGUAUCAGGAAGAAAAAGGUUUCCUGGAUGCCAAACACCAAAACACAUUGUGCCAAUGCAUUAUUGAAAAAUAUAUUGGAAGCCAAAAAAAAUUGACGUAUGGAGAAAUGCAGAGGUGGGCCACCUCUAUAUGCGCUGUAUUCCCCAAAGAAAGGCCG